AAGACGAAGUAGCCUCUAACAGUCAAUGUUACGGUUGAGUAGCUGUAUCUAAGAAAGGGAAUUUGAGUAGGAACAUCUGGUUACUCUUUUCAAAUCAUGGCCGACUACACUGCUUUCAUCACCACUUGGGAUCAUCGACACGGCUGAUUAGCCGUCCUCAGAAGACCACUCAUCCAGAACGAGUGCAAGUAAACAGACAACUAAGAAGGACAUUGUGACCUGUUGUGGACAAUCAGAGCCUUACACCUGAGAACGAAGGAGAAGGCCCAUCCGAAGGAGAAGGCCCAAUCGAACCCUUUUCACGAAGGCAUGGGUGCAACAGAGAUACACGACAAAGACCUUCAACACCCCUCUCAAGAUGGGGCCUCUGUUAGUGUUGUGGCUGGCUGUCUGCCUCAGUGGGUCCUGGGCAGUGGACCGGGGGAACUUCAAAACCUGUGACCAGAGUGCGUUCUGCAAGCGUCAGCGAGCGUUGAAGCCUGGCCAGUCCCCAUACAGAGCGCUGCUGGAGACCCUGGAGCUCACCAACACCAAACUCACACUGCAGCUCAUCAAUGACAACAACAAGGUGCGUCUGCUGCUUGAGCUCUAUCGUCUCCAGGGCAACAUGACCAGGGUGAAGAUAAAUGAAUUGAAGCCACUGAAGCCUCGUUUUGAGGUCCCCGAUGUGCUCAUCAAUGACCCUCCCACAGAGCCUUUGUCACUCCUGUCUCGGGAUGAGAACGGGGUGGUUCUGUCUUUGGGGGCAGACUCUCAGCGGCUGAUCGUCAGCGCUAAGCCGUUCCGAUUGGACAUCAUGGAGGGGCGGGAGGUUCUUCUGUCACUUAACUCCCGGGGCCUGCUGGCCUUCGAGCACCUCCGGAUUCGCAAGGAUACUAAGGUAAACCCAGAAGGAACUGAGAAUAAAGAAGAAACUGAGGCUGCCAACGAACCGGCAGAAGGAGAGGAGAAGGCGAAGGAGGAUGAGAAAGUGGAAGAUGGAAUGUGGGAGGAGACAUUCAAGUCGCACACAGACAGCAAACCCAAUGGCCCUUCCUCCAUCAGUCUAGACUUCUCUCUGCCAGGGGUGGAGAAUGUCUACGGCAUCCCAGAACACGCAGACAGCCUCAAACUCAAAGCCACUGAUGGAGGGGAUCCUUACCGGUUGUUUAACCUAGACGUGUUCCAGUAUGAGGUGUUCAACCCUAUGGCCCUGUACGGUGCCAUCCCUGUCAUGUUGUCUCACAGUGCACAGCGCACCAUGGGCAUCUUCUGGCUCAACGCUGCUGAGACCUGGGUGGACAUCAGCUCCAACACUGCCGGCAAGACAGUGUUUGGCCAGAUGCUGGACUACGUUCAGGGCUCCAGUGAGACGCCACAGACAGACGUGCGUUGGAUCUCAGAGAGCGGCAUCAUCGACGUCUUCAUCAUGCUGGGACCCACUCCCACUGAUGUCUUCUCCCAGUACGCCUCACUCACAGGUACCCAGGCCUUCCCUCCCCUGUCUGCGCUGGCCUACCACCAGUGCCGCUGGAACUACAACGACCAGGAGGAUGUGGCGGCGGUGGACCAGGGCUUUGACGACCACGACAUCCCCUACGACUUCAUCUGGCUGGACAUAGAGCACACGGACGGCAAGCGCUACUUCACCUGGGACCCUCACAAGUUCCCCCAGCCCAAAGACAUGCUGCAGGGUCUGUUAGACAAGAGACGCAAGAUGGUGACCAUUGUGGACCCCCACAUCAAGGUGGACAGCAGCUACAAGAUCCACAAUGAGAUCCGCUCCAAAGGCUUCUACGUCAAAAGCAAAGAUGGCGGAGACUAUGAGGGCUGGUGCUGGCCUGGUAAUUCUGGUUACCCAGACUUUACCAACCCUGAGAUGAGAGCUUGGUGGGCCAGUAUGUUUGCCUACGAUCAGUAUGAGGGUUCCAUGGAGAACAUGUAUACAUGGAACGAUAUGAACGAGCCGUCAGUGUUUAAUGGACCAGAGGUCACCAUGCAUAAAGACGCCCUGCAUGGGAACUGGGAGAACCGUGACCUCCACAACCUCUACGGAUUCUACGUGCAAAGGGCCACAGCAGAGGGUCUGAUUGAGCGCUCAGGGGGAGUGGAGAGACCUUUUGUCCUGGCCAGAGCCUUCUUCGCUGGCUCCCAGCGCUAUGGUGCUGUGUGGACAGGUGAUAACGCUGCUGAGUGGGACCAUCUGAAGAUCUCCAUCCCCAUGUGUCUCAGUCUGGGCUUGGUUGGUGUCUCUUUCUGUGGAGCUGAUGUGGGUGGCUUCUUCAAGUCUCCCAGUACUGAGCUCCUGGUGCGUUGGUACCAGACGGGGGCGUACCAGCCGUUCUUCCGGGCCCAUGCCCAUCUGGACACCCCCCGCAGGGAGCCCUGGCUGUUUGGCCCCGAGAACACUGCUCUGAUCAGGGAGGCUGUCCGCCAGCGCUACGCCCUCCUGCCUUACUGGUACCAGUUGUUCUACCACGCCCACCACUCUGGCCAGCCCGUCAUGAGACCCCUGUGGGUGGAGUAUCCUCAGGAUACAGCCACGUUCUCCAUGGAUGACCAGUUCCUGCUUGGGAGAGAUCUGCUGGUGCACCCCGUGACUGAGGAGGGGGCUAGGGGUGUUACUGCCUACCUGCCUGGAAAAGGAGAGGUCUGGUUUGACGUCCACACGUUCCAGAAACACAACGGAGCCCAGAACCUCUACAUCCCUGUCACCAUCAGCUCUAUUCCGGUAUUCCAGCGCGGUGGUUCCAUUAUUCCCAGGAAGGCCCGGGUUCGAAGGUCAUCAUCAUGCAUGGAACACGACCCCUAUACCUUAUUCGUUGCUCUCAGCCCCAAGCGAUUUGCCCAGGGUGAGCUCUACAUAGACGACGGCCACACCUUCAACUUUGACAAACAGAAACAGUUCAUCCACAGAAGAUUUUCCUUUGCCAAUAAUGCCCUGUCCUCCAGGAACCUGGCCCCUGGCUCUCAGUUCACCACUUUUUCCUGGAUUGAGAAGAUUGUCAUUUUGGGGGCCAGUAAGCCCAGCAAGGCCACUCUGAAGACUCCUGAUGGCAAGGAGAGUCUGCUGGAGUUUGAGUUUGAUGCCUCCAUGUCGGUGUUAACCCUUCGCAAGCCGGGCGUCAACGCAGGGCUGGACUGGACUGUGGUGCUUCAGUAACAAUGGAGGAGGACGAUGACUGAACCGGACUGAACGAGAGAUGGAGGGACUUUGUGGACACGGGUUGCAAUUGUAACGCACCAAGCAAGAUAUUUGACGAACUGCUUUAAUGUGGUACACAGACUGGACAGGGGAUAGAGGACUAUCCAAACACACAAUAUUUCAUACCAAGCUUGCAUACAAACACUGCCUGUAGAUCUUAAGCCGUGUCACUUCCAUGUCCAUCUUGCGUUCAGUCAAACUGACAGUUGGUCAACUUACUGAAGGGUUGCUAGGUAGAUUUAUUGUUAGUUGCAUUUUAGGGAAAUUCUUCACAGUUCAAAUCAUGUUGUAGUGAAUGUUUGGAAGUACUCGAAGACAUUCAAGUCUGAUGGAUGAUUAUUUUAGGUUUUCCGUCAAGUAUGCUUUAGAUGUAAGAGAUCAUUGAAUAAGUUUGCUGACAACAAAAUUAAGACACUCAUUCAGAGGCUGUAGUGUAGUUGGUAUGUGUUAUUAAUUCCAUAUCUGGCCAUGUCUUCUGACUUUAAAUUCUUAUUUCUUCUUAUUUCAUGUUUUCAUUCCAUUACCCCCUGUAAUUACUGAAGAGCAAUCAACAGGAAAGCCAAACCGCUCCCUUUACUUUCAACUCGUGCCACAUUCUAUUCAGGUUUUAGUAGAAACUCCACCAAGCAACAAUGCAGCACUGAUCCAAGACGAUCUGUAAAUGUCAUGGGCAUUUCUCUUCUUAUUGCCAUAAGGUGUAUUGAGUCUUACCUCUGAUAUCCCUAAUUUAAGGUUACUCAUUCCUUCUUAGUUUAUCCCCAAAUUAGUUUCUGAUAAGAUUGUGUGCACUUACAUCAGUCAUUACUAUGCCAUGUUUUUAUGUACUGGUGGUAAAAGACAAACACAUGGUCAGCAACAACUUAAUGGAAGAGGAUUUGGCUUUUUAAGUCUGCUCAUAUUGGAAUUAUUCAGGGGUUAGGACCACUGACUUUGUGGAAACGCAUCCUAAUAACAUGUUUCUGUUCUGACUUAUUCAAUUUGUUUACUUGAUUAUCACAUGCACUUGAAGAGAGGAAGGUGAGAGCUUUUUGUCCAGAUUGAACUCAAAGCAGUUAGGGUCAGGCAUUGGGGUUAGAUUGUGGGUUGGGGUUCACGGUCCAGUGUCUUCAGUGUCUCAUGCUCUUAAUAUUUUUCAUAAAAUUUGUCAAUGUAUUCAAUGUGACUAAGAAAAUAAGUAAUGAUAUAUUUAGUUAGUUUACAAAGAUGCAGUUACCUCUGGAGACAAGGGACCGGUCCUGGUUGAUAAUAGCAUCUUUUUAGGGGGUUGUUGCGUUCCCUACUGUCCUUGGCGAUAAAGCAUUUUAGAGUAGUUUUUUUUUCUUUUUUUUUUCUUACUGUAACAUUCUCAGCACAUGUUCUUAGGUGUUGGAACCAGGAAGGAAGGAAGGAGGCCAGUUGUAUGUGAUAAGAUGGCAGACCAAGUGAAAAUAAACUUGACCAAAUGUGAGAGAGCAUUGUUUUUUAAUUAUAUGAAUUCAUGCAGCUUACGUAGAUAGGGGUGAUAAUAAAGUAACUACAUUCCCAAUCAAA